AUGAAACAAUUAUUUUCUCUGACUCUCGUCUGGGUGCUCACCAGCACAGCUGGAGCCCUGCAGUGCAACACCUGCACAGAUCAAGCAUGCUCAACCACGAUACAGAAGACAUGUACUACAGAAACGAUGUGUAUAACAGCUUCCAUUACAGCCACUUCAUCUUCAACAACAGGAUCGCAAAUUUACAUGGACUGUGCACCAUCAUCCCUGUGCCCAGGCACAGGCAAUCAGACAUUUUCUGUCAACAUAGGGGUUGCAUCGGCAAUAGCAUCUGCUAGUUGCUGUAACACUGACAACUGCAAUUCACAGUUACUACCUGUACCCAGUAGCCAAAGUCCCAACAGCUUAAGCUGUUACAUUUGUGACCCAACCAAUCCCCAGUGCACAACUCCAAGUAUACAGUGUUCGGGAGAAGAAACAAACUGCUUCUCAGCUACUGGAAAAUGUUUAAAAAUGCAGCUGAGUUGA